AUGCCCCGCAAGCGUCCUGCUGAGCCCGCUCGGCGGCAGUACUCCCGGGAUCUACGCAGGAGAGUAAUCUAUCAGGCCAAUAUCCUCGGAAAGAAGACGACCAAUAUUGCCAUUGACCUUGACAUGCCGGUGCGUGUUGUGCAGCGAAUCUGCAAGACUUGGGCAGAUAUCGGGGAUGUGUGUCGAGAGAGGCGGUAUAAGGGGAGGCGUCCCUUGCUGGACCCGGAACAAACCCAGUUUCUUGUUGCACUCCUUGACCACUCUCCCGACAUGUACCUCGAUGAGAUGCAGCUACAGCUUCUUGAUCAACACAACCUUGAUGUGUCCCUUGCAACUAUCAGUCGGACACUUCAUCGUCUUGGUUACAGCAACAAGAAGGUCUAUCGCGAGUCUGCUGACCGCUUUGUUUGUGCUGAUGAAUCCGCUGUCAAUGUAUUGACAUCCUAUCGAAAGAAUGGAUGGAGUAUGCAAAGUUUACGGGCUCGCAAGCGCUGCAACUUUGUCCGUGGUACUCGCUACUCCCUUCUUCCCGCAUUGACCACCAAGGGAUUGAUCUACAGUCACGUCAAGCUUGGCGGCUACAACGGCGACCAAUUUCUUCUCUGGCUUGAGGGCUUGUUGCGAGUCAUGAAUCCCUACCCUCAGAAACACAGCAUCCUUGUUCUUGACAACUGUCGCAUUCACCAUGUUGAAGGCGUAGAAGAGAUGUGUGAGCAAGCAGGCAUCAAACUGAUCUUCCUGCCUGCUUACUCUCCCGACCUAAACCCUAUUGAGGAGUGUUUCGGUUGGAUCAAGGCGUACAUAGCUCGUAAUGGGCAUACGUUCCGUAACAUUGUCGAGAAUGGUGAUGCUAAUGCGCCGUUUCUAUUUCUGUACCAUGUGCUUGAUCUAGUGAGAGCGGAGGACGCACUCUCGUGGUUCACUCACUCGGGCUAUUAG